UUGGAGAGGAGUGAGCCAUCGCGUUGGCAUAAAAUAUCUUUGCUGCGAGCAGGAUUGUAGUACAGUUUGUUCUCACAGCUGAGCUUGUUUCCCCUUGGUGCUGCAGUGCCAGUUGUUUACUUCUCGUCACAGUUGCGGUGGCUCCAACAGUGACCGUCACAAAUGCUGUGGGCUUGAGAAAAGGCUGUGGGCAGCUACCGGGCAGUUAAUACACACUGACAAACGAUGCAAGCAGCCCGCAGCACGCGGUGGCCACAGGCAUGUCACAUUUGACCUGCCCGCUGCUGGGCGGCUAGCCUGCCAGCUAAAGUUAGCCACCGACCGUUAGCUCAGCAGCAGAUGAAUGGCAGAGAGCCACCCAGAAUGGUGACGUUAAGCCAACGGUUAAACAAAACUUCUCGCAAAGGCGAAUAAAAAACACCGCCGGGGCUAAGUGCUGAGAACGACGCGGGUUGACAGCCGCGGUAUUUGGCAAAACUUCUCGACUCCCAUGCGGACUUUAUCCACAGUUUCCACUCUCCGUUUGGACAGGGUUAACGGUGGUGAGAGUUUCCGGCACUGCUGCAGCCGCUCAGUCCACUCAAUCUGCAAUGUUAGUGUUCAAUUCAGCGCGACUACUCGGAAGAGGGAAACCUUUGCUCCGUGAUCCGUUUAAGAGGAUUUGCGCAAACAUGUCGUCGUCCUCCUUCGCGGGUAAAAGACUGCGGGUUCUGGUCGACAUGGACGGGGUCCUGGCGGACUUCGAGGGGGGGUUCCUGAAGAAGUACCGGGCCAGGUACCCGGACGAGCCCUACAUCAGCCUGGAUGACAGGAGAGGGUUUUGGGUGUCCACGCAGUAUGGGCAGCUGAGGAGUGAUCUCUGUGAAAAGGCCAUCAGUAUCUGGGAGUCGGAACGCUUCUUCUUAGAGCUGGAGCCCCUGCCAGGAGGAGUGGACGCAGUCCAGGAGAUGGCCAAGAUGGAUAACACAGAUGUCUUUAUUUGUACCAGCCCUAUAAAGCAUUACAAACACUGCCCGUACGAGAAGUAUGCAUGGGUAGAGAAGCAUUUGGGCCAUGACUUUCUGGAGCAAGUCAUCCUGACCAGGGACAAGACAUUAAUCACUGGCGACAUCCUCAUAGACGACAAACCUGACAUUCUGGGCGUGGAGCCCAAACCAACGUGGGAGCACAUCCUGUUCACCGCCUGCCACAACAAGCAUCUAGCCAUCAGCCCCUACCAUAGACGACUCCUGUCUUGGUCGGACGACUGGAGGGCCAUCCUGGACAGCAAGAGGCAGUGAGGAACUCUUCCAUGCAAGAGCCCCAGCGCCCUGGCUUCCUGGUUAGAGGAGGUUUCCGGGCCCCACCACCACGGCACCAACAUCAUCACCGCACCAUUGGGUGUCGAGGCUCGGGGGGGGGUCGCCGUCUUGCAGAGGCAUUGCCAGAGUUCCGAAAAAGGAGGGUGAAACAGAGGUCAGAUGUAUUACACAAGGCAGACACUUGUUGCAUUCUGUUGGGAGAUGACAUUCAGUUGUUGGACCACAAGAGGGCGCUAUGAGACUCAGUGUUAGUUGUGGAAACGACCACAUUUCCAACUCUUUCACUGAAACAACUGAACAAAUGAACAUGAGGAUAAAACGGUUGAGAGUGAAUACAUGCUAGGUCUAAAAGAGCAGAUUGAAUUUGUUGUCGGCUGCUCUGCGUCUGCAUCCUGUAUUUUGUUUCUUUUUUUUGAGGGGGGGGGCUUCCUGUGGACAUUUCUGUUUAAAAUCAAACAAAUUUCAGCCACUGGAGCAUUUUAUCUGUGGUCUUCUUCACAAAAGGCAGGGGACUCACAACAACAGGGAAAUCCACUACACACUACAAUGUACAAAAAAAGUCUCCACGAGUCGUAGGUGUGUAUGUGCGAUACCUAAACAUAGGAAAGUCACCUGACUUAUUAACAUUGUAACUGUUUUGUUAGCUCAUUAUUUUACAUGUACUUUUUUGGAUUCUACCAUACCACUGUUAACAAUGUAAAUGAAAAUAUAUGCAUACAGAGAUACCUCUCCAGGUUUUUUAAAAAGUUCAUAUGAGUACUGUACUGUAUGUUGGUGCUUUUUUUUUUUUUUAAGCUGUUUCCUCUACGUUUCAAAAUGAUCUAUGCAUCUUAAUUGAUAGACUGAAAAAUACUAGUUAAAGCCUGAGAACUGCACACAUACUUUACAUAUGCAUGUUGCCAAAACAUCAUUAGAGAAGAAUACAUCAGAAUAACAGUCACUGAAAAAUGUGUUCUGAAUAUGUUUAAGAAAUAUUAAAAGAUGAAAAGAAGAUGUUUAUUGAAAAAAAUUAACAUAAGACAAAUUUCCAGGUUCAAGAUUGAACCAAAACUGCAAAAAGAGAGAUGAUUUAUAUUAUUAGAUACUUUUGGUUUUCACAUGCUCUACUUUCACAUAGCCAGUCACACUAUUUAGAGCACACCUUAUUUUAUUGGUUUUUGGUUAAAUCUCGAGCAAUUUGUCUGUUGUAAAUACACUAAAAUGAGAAAAUGAUAUACCUGUACAGUAGAUGUCAAAAACCACUGCCCAGCACUAGCGUCUGUUAGAGGACUACGCUUAUAUAAGUAGUGUUCUUGAUCUACGCCAUUUUCAAUUAGAUGUAUGUCUCUUUUUAACUUAUGUUUACUCAUUUUUAGCUUGUUUACAGAAGCAUAUUGCAUCAGAUAUAAACUAAGUUAUAGGGUUAAAAAAAGCAUUCGACUGGCAGAGUACCUCCAUGACACAAUAUAAUCUAUUUGUAUUUAUUUUAGCAUUUUGUGUAUUUACCUGAGGUGUAGAAAAUAACUUGCUCACGGUCAGGAUUUGCAAAGUUCUGCUUCGUGUCAAUUUAGCCAAGUCUGCAGGAGGGUGGACUAAAUUGCAUUUUGGCUAUUUCUGGCAGGCCUGUUAUGAUUUUGCCUGUUGCUGCUAAUGUUAUUUUUAGGAACACAUUGGUAGAUUCUGAACAUGUGUAAUGGAAGAAGUCCUUAGUGCUGAGUGCUGUGUCACUGUGCCUAGUUUGAUGUACAAAUUCAAACGUACUUAUUUCUGUCAGUGAGAUGUUUUAAUGCUGUGUUUUGUUCCACCUCACUUAAAACACGUACAAAGAAAAGAAUGACUGGAGGACCGAGGCCCUUUUAAUGGUCUUCUUUUUAUGGGAGGGUACAGUUAAAGCUGCAUUUCAUUUUUUAGUUUUUUUUUUAUUUUUAUACUUGGUUCAUUUAAAAUCACACUGCAAAAUAUCACAUGAACUCAUAAAAAUCUCCGCCCUCGUUGCUGAUCAUAUCAGUUAAGAAGACAUAAGGAGACCGCUGAAUGUGACUUGGCCCUCAGUCUAUUUUGUUAUACCAGAACUUGGCUACACAUGAGAAACUGCUAGUUAUCAAACAUCAACAUCUGCCUACUGACACCCACAAAACCUCGCAUUUCGGUAUCGAUUUCUUUAGCUUGUUCCAACAUAUGUUGUCAUUUCCAGUUUAACUCACCUCAGUUCUUGUACUCGAGAAUGAAACCCGGGGCCCAUAUCGAUCAAGCUUCAAAAUUUGAAUUACACUAAGAAAUGCUAUCCAGGGCCAACUUAAGAGUUAAUGAAAGAUAAGAUACUUAUCAAGCAACUUCGUCCUAGUUACAGUGAAGUGUAGGAGUCACCUUUGAGAACAGCUCUCAAGUGAUCAUAUAUUUGAUCACAUGUAUGCUUAGGGAGAAGCAGCAUCAGACACAAGAAAUUGAACUACACCUAACCAGUUGUUCACUCCUCGAAAAUAUACUUACAUUUCAUACUCUGCCAAAGCAGAUAUGCUAUUUUUAUCAAAUUUAUUUUAUGUGUUUGAAAUCUUAAAUAUCUUUAAUAUUUCUAGUAGCAGUAAACAACAAUCUAAUACUUUGAUAAUAUAUACAUAUAUAAAUAAUAAUUAAUUAAAAGGAAAAUGGCUGAAAUAAAAACAAGAAGAAAAUUCAAACUUGAAGUCACGUCUUUGACCCCUUAACAUACUUCCAUCCAGCGUCAACUAGUCAGUUAGGUCAGUCCCUUCUCUCAAGUGCUUUCGAGCGUCCAUGGAGCGGCUCGUCGGAAGUGCUAUCCGUUCCAUGUGAUCACCCUCUUGAUGGCUAUGUUGUUGUUGUUCAGGAUACGUGACAGCAAAAAGCAAGUCGACCGUUACACAAACAUUGGAUGUAUGUCAGUUGUAUGUCAGCCAUUUUUGUCAAUGAAUGUCUCAUGUUUGUGGUGCUGAUAAUCAUUUUUUCUGCAGCAGCUCCUGCACACUGUGGAGGUGACCGAUUCAAUAAAGAA